AUUUAAUAAAGCGUACAUAAGCAAACAAGUUGCUGCUAAUUUUUCUAAACAGAGUUUUUGUCACUUCAAACGGUAUUUCUCAUUGAGCACGACAACAACGAGGGCAUGUGAUGCAAACAACAACUAAAUUGCGUCGUAAAUAAAGGAGGGCUACAGUAAUUGCUUAGUUACAUAUAAAUUGUGCUAUCCAUCGAUAAAUAAUGCCACCCAAGAAAAUAAACACAACAUCACAAUUUUGUGGUUAUUGCUCUGAGCUGAUACGAGAUGGUGUACAGUCCAGCAUCCAAUGUGUUGCUUGCCAACUCUGGUUUCACUCUAGGUGUACAGGCCUUUCAUCUGUGGAAUUUAAGGCCACAGCGAUCAGUAUCAAGAAAAAGGAGUCGGUUUGGAACUGUUCAUCCUGCAGCAAUGAUAUCAGUGUUAGGACAUGUGACAGCCACUUAUCUGAUGAUGAAGUUUUAACACACAUCUCGCCACAAGCUAAUGAAAUGGAAAGUCUCUUCCAGAAGUACUUUGAUCGCUUCACCUCUGACUAUGACCGCAAAUUUGAAGAUCUCAAAAAGUCAUUCGUAAGUAGCGUAAAUAACCUUAAGGAUGAGGUAAGCAAUCUGUCUAAACAAUAUACAACACUCGCUAAUAAAUGUACUGCCCUUAACGAUAGGCUUUCAUCAGUAGAGAAUAAAAUUAAUAAUAAACUCAAUGCCAAGCCUGACUUACCAGUGAGCAAGGAAGAUAUCUUCACUGAAAUGUUGGAACGUGAGCGCCGUAAAGUCAAUGUAAUUGCUCUAAACAUCCCGGAAUCAGUCAAACCAAUGGGUAAAGAUCGUUUGGAUGACGACAGGACAAAUCUAGUAGCCGCUUUGCCUUCUUGUCUCUCGAACAUUGCCACUGAAUUUAAGCUACGCAGACUAGGCCGACAUACACCGGGUCGUACACGUGCGCUACAUAUUACAACUCGCUCAGCUGAUGAUGCGCUCUCAAUUAUCAAAUACAGACCACCUAAUAGUAACACUGCAGUCUUUUUCAAAGCUGAUCUUACCCCUUCUCAACAACAGCACCUAAAAGAUUUACGACUGGAACUUGACUCUCUAGUAAAAAGCGGCAACGACAGUAUGACUAUAAAGUAUAUCCAUGGUAUGCCUAAGAUUGUAAAGAAGAAUUUUCGCUCGCACAACGAACAAGAAGAAAGUAUCUCUCAUCCAGUUAUAUUACCAGAACGUUCGAGGUCUGCGCACAAAACUCUGCGCAUUUCUGACCAACACGUCGUCUAACCAGUCUGAUAUCAUAUGCAUCACUGAGUCCUGGCUCCAUCCAUCUAUACGUGAUGGAGAAGUCAUUGACUCUUCUUAUAAUAUCUACCGUAAAGAUCGUACAUCUCAUGCUAAUCAUAAAGUACGUGGUGGUGGAGUCUUUAUCGCAUGCAAACGUUAUCUACACACUGAGCCAAU